AUGUCAUUUCAACAAAAAAAAUUAAUUCCGGGUAGUUAUAGUUUACCGCCACCACCUCCAACACCUUCUAAUUCAUUUUUACAAAAUAAUAACCCUUAUGAGCAACCAUUUGGAAGAGGGAGAGGAUUAGGACGUGGUAGUAGUCGUGGAAGAUUUCCGUUUAAUAAUAGGCACUCGGUUUACUCGACUCGUUUCAUAAAUAACGAAACGGGACCCAAUACAUCAAUAAAUGGCAUAACAGCUAUAGAAAAUGUAACGGUAAAUACAAUAGAUCAAGGUGUUCAGUUUUCAAACUACCCACCGAGGAUACCCAACAAUUAUAAUAAAAUUCUUUCCAAGCCGUUCUGUAACGACGAAUCAACUCUUAAACCUGUAUUAGACUUUAAACUUGAUACACCUGAGGCUUUAAUGAAAUGGAUUGAAGAAAGAAAGAAAAGAUAUCCAACUGAUGUGAAUAUUGCAAAGAAGAAACAAGCCGAGGCUGACCGAAUUGCUCGUGGAGAAGUAAUCAAAAAUGAAUAUAGAAAAAGAAAACAAUAUGAUCGGGAACAAGAUGAUUACAGAAAUAAAAAAUCAAAUGAAUCCAAUAAAGUAAAUAAAGUAUUAGUAAGUGGUGGACUCACCGAUCUAGAAAUCGCUGCUGCUUCGGCUACUGCCGAUGCUGAUGUGAAUAAUUCUUCUGAUGUGGAUAAUUCUUCUGUUGUGGAUAAUUCUUCUGUUGUUGCCAAAAUGGAUAAUUCUAUUUCUAAUGCGGAUGUUGAAUAUGCUCAAAAUUCAAAUUUCAAUAACAAAAUUUACAAAAAUGAUUAUCGUCCAACUCCUCGUAUCAAGAGAAUAGCCGAAAAAUUUUAUGACAGAGUAUGUAUUAAGUAUUUACCAGGUCACUGUCCAAGCGGAAAAGAUUGUGGAAAUCGACACGAGGGAACAAUGAUUUGUCCACCUCUCCUUCGCCCACCUGAUUGGCAAAGAGUUCGUACAAAAAAUCUUCGUGAUAUGUUAUUGUAUAAAGAGAGAGUACAAGAAAAGAACAUAAUUUUACAAUGUCUCAGAUAUAUCAUAAACAAUAAUUUCUUUGGGAUUGUAACAAAUAAAGCAUUAAAAAACGCCAAGAAAAGAGGAGAUGCGACUAUAAUAGAAAUUAACCCUACUGAGGAAAUAAAAGAAACAAAACGGGAGGAAUUCAAUAGCUGA